AAAGGGCCCGGCCCCCAGCCGGCGGCUACUUAAGGCCGAGGGGCUGCGGCGGCCGCAUUUGCGCUGGAUCGCUGGGACACGCGUGGACGGGGUGUACGUCCUGACCAUGACCCCCUCCAGACUGCUGCCGCCCCUGCUGCUCCUAACCCUGCUGCUCGCUGCCCACCCAGGAGGCACCCUGGCCCGGUGCCCAGGCUGCGGCCAAGGGGCGCCGGCGGGCUGUCCUGGGGGCUGCGUGGAGGAGGCGGACGCGGGGCCGCCCGAGGAAGAGUGCGCGGAAGCCGGAGGCUGUCGCAGGCGGGAGGGGCAGCAGUGCGGGGUCUACACCCCUAACUGCUCCCCGGGCCUGCAGUGUCACCCACCCGAGGACGAACCGGCGCCUCUGCGGGCGCUGCUGCAGGGCCGGGGCCGCUGCGUCAGGGCGCGCGCGCCCUCGGGGGAGAGCCCCAAGGAGGGUAAGCACCAAGCAGGCUCCGCUCGCCCCCACGACGGGAACCGCAGAGACCAGCAGAGGAACUCGGGACCCUCCGCCACUCCCACCCGCCCCAACCCCGGGGGUGUCCAAGACACAGAAAUGGGCCCGUGCCGCAGACAUCUGGACUCGGUGCUGCAGCAGCUCCACACCGAGGUCUUCCGAGGGGCUCACACCCUCUACGUGCCCAACUGCGACCAUCGUGGCUUCUACCGGAAGCGACAGUGUCGCUCCUCCCAGGGCCAGCGCCGAGGGCCCUGCUGGUGUGUGGACCGGAUGGGCCAGCCUCUGCCGGGCUCCUCCGAAGGCCACGGAAACUCCCCGUGCACCAGCGCCGCGAGCAGUGGCUAAGGCUGCGGUGGGGCGUGGGGGUGCUGCGGGGACACUGGCCACUGUCCCCGAGGGCCAUCUGUCGAGGGACGAGUAACUCCACGCCCUGAGCUCCACGCACACCCGCUUCACACCCUUCCCCGCUGUCCCCAUGCCCCAGGCCCUCUCACGUGGAAAGUGUGUUGGUGCAGUUUGGGGUGUCAAUAAAGCAGUGUGGGGUGCCUGGCCUACA